AUGUCUAGUAAAGCAUCACAAACACCACUUACAAAUGAACAAAUAGUAGCUCAAUACAAAGAGAUGAAGCAACAACAACAAGCUAUCAUCACAAAGUUGUCUGAAAUCGAAUCAGAUGCAAGCGAAUAUAGUUUGGUUAUUAGUGCGAUUGAAAACCUUGAACCAUCAAGAAAGUGUUUUAGAAUGGUUGGAGGUGUUUUGGUAGAAAGAACUGUUGGAGAAGUAUUGCCAUCUGUAAAAGCAAAUAGAGACGGAAUUAAAGAUGUUGUAAAGAAGCUUGAAGAACAAUUACAACAACAAACUAAAGAAUUAACAAACUACGCUACCAAAUAUAAUAUUAAAUUCCAACCUUCCUCUUAA